AUGGUAUUAUCAUCAAGAAAAAAAAAAAAUCCCCGUAAUACUAUAAAAAGUAAAAUUUUGAAAACAAGAAAAAGGAAAAGAGAUUUUGAUGAAGUUUAUAAAGAUUAUUUCAACAAACCAGAUCUUCCUCACGAUGAAGAUUUAAAAGGAUGUGGACAAUUUAAAUGUUUUGCUUGUGAUAUUUAUUUUAUAAAUAAUGAUGCAAUGAAGCAACAUGAAAAAACAAAAAAACAUAAAAGAAGAGUUAAAUUAUUAAAUAAGGAGAAAGUAUAUACUUAUAAAGAUUCACUAAAGGCUGCAGAAAUUACCUUUUAA